AUGUCGUACAAUAAUGAGCCGGCGGAGCAUGUUCCGUGUAUCCCUCCGCUGGCCCUCCACUGCUUCCCUGUGGACUUCAGCGGGCCGUAUCACCACUUCUGCUUCCCCUUCCACGGCCGCCGGUUCCCACCUGCAGGACUACACUAUUACCCGUGUCGGGGGUGUUGUGAGUAUUCAUUCGAACCCGCGUUUAUCCGCAAAAGGAACGAGAGGGAGCGGCACCGGGUGCGCUGCGUCAACGAGGGCUACGUGCGCCUCCGGCAGCAUCUCCCGCAGGAGUUGGAGGACAGGCGGCUCAGUAAGGUGGAGACGCUGCGGGCGGCCAUUGACUAUAUUAAACAUCUGCAGAGACUUUUGGAAAUGGACGUAAACCGGAUGCAAAUAUCACAAGAAGGUCUCUGAGGACAUUGUUUACAACAGUUAAAUGGUGAUAUUAUUGUUCAGUUUGAAGGUUAGCAGUCUGAAAUCUCGCCAGGGAGUUAAAAAAAACAACAAUAUUGCAUUGUGUUUGUCAGUAUAGACCAGGGGUCGGCAACCCAAAAUGUUGAAAGAGCCAUAUUGGACCAAAAAUUCAGAAACAAAUCUGUCUGAAGCUACAAAAAAUUAAAUUCCAUAUUACACAUAGUGUGUUAUGAGAUAUACAUUGAAUUAAGAGGACUUAAA